CUCACUCGUUUACUCGUUUCUCCAUCAACACGACACAUCCAUUCUUUUAAAACAUCUCUCUCGUCUCUCGUUUGCAUCAUCAUCGCGCAACGCAUCAUCACCAAGACAUCCAAAACCUACCGACCGACCCCCACGCGCUAUCCACUUUGUGUUGGAAUCCUGUCCGUCGGCCAAGGAGACUAAAUAGCGUGCCCACCCCCCGGGGGCACCACUGGAGCGCGCUCCCUUGUUAGCCCGGCCCCCGAGCUAGGGGUUGCUUCCUCCCCGACCAAUUCCUCAACCCGCACUGCAGCACUGCGCUGCUUUCAACGACAAGACAGCCUAAUACCAUCGACCGACCGAGAGAGACAUAACCCCUCCCCCGCUGUCACCUCUUCCUCUCUUCUCCCCUUCUCUCACUGCAUACUGCGCAUUGUUGCCAGCGCGCUCGACGACGACCACAGCGCCAGCCGCACGCAACACACACCGCACAGCAGACCCGUGUCCGCAUCGCUACCAGCGCGCGUUGAUCGCCCCAAACACACCGCAGACACUGCAAUAUCACGCAUCCGCCUAAUCCAAUGGCUGCCGUUCCCAUUGCUGUGCCAGGCGUAAACGGCGACCGUCCUUCAUUUGGAUCUGGCACCGCCUCGCCCCCGCGUGUCAACCCAUAUCACUACGUUGCGUACCCGAACAACAGUGACGACCUUCUCCCGCCACUCCCACCUCACUUGGAACGGCUAGCCAACGGCGAGGGCGGGACCGACGACGAGCAGGACUCGGACACGUCGGACGAAGAGGACGACGAGGACGACGUACAGUUUGUCGGUGAGCGCGCUGCAAGUCCUCCCACCACACCAUUGCCGCCGACUUCGGCAAAGAGUGAGAACGGGCCUCCUUCUGCAUACCGCCCAGACCAGAGCCCCAACGGCGCGUCGAAGCGUAUCAUGAAGAAGGUUAGCAGCGUGUUCCGCCGCGGCGACCAGGUUGGCGUCGAAGCCGCCUCGCCAGAAGCCAACACGCCCAAGGGCGUGGCUGCGGCUGCGGCUGCGGGCGGCGUCCCUCGCGGCGUAUCGCCGGGCGCACUGCGCAUGCAGGGCCCACCACCUAGCCCCCCGCUCAGUGAUGCCGAUGACGACGAGGUCGCCAGCAUUGCCGUCACUGAAGCAACCAUGGACGUUCCAGGGUUUGUUGCUCAUGGCGAGGAGCACAACCUCGCCAUGGAGACCAGUGAGUCGCGCGCCCCUCUUCAACUCUUCAGCCACCCCCGAUCUGCAACUCCAGAGCAAUAUACUGAGCCCCCAACUGGGACCCACGCAGCAACACCAACGUUUGCAAACGGCAAGUCGGUCGCACCACUGGACAACGGACAGGCUCCCUCAGAAUUCGAGAAGCCGUCGGCACCAUUCCUCGGCGUUCAGGUCCCUCGCAGAGUUUCCAAUGGCUCGACGUCGAGCCAUCGCGCCGGCUCGCUUUCGAUGGUGCGCAGCGGUCGACUGGCACCCCAGAGGAACGAGCGCGGCAAUGUGUCGCCUGAACGGCAACCCGUUCACAAGAUGCGACCAGGAGUUCAGCCUGGCGUAUCCUCGGGUCCUCCCUCAGAAGCGUCCUUCUCUACGGCAGUCAUUUACCAGGACGAGGGAGUCAUGACGACGCAGCAGGUGCCAAGACGACACGCCUCCAACCUGUCGUUAUCCAACCUGCCACCACCUCGCAUCGACACGUCGUUCAACUCGUACUCAGCAUCAUCAUCGCCCAACUCGAUCAACGGGCAGCAUGGUCAUCUCAGCCACCCCGGUAUCCAGCGCCGCAACACCAACCCCACGACACCAUCACCGGGUCUGCCCAUGGGCGGCGCCAACCUCCAGCACAGCAUCUCGGCCAGCGCCCACGCGCCUGCGGCUCCGAUGGACGACUUCAACCUACCCGGAGACAGUCUGGCUCAGAACAUUCUUGCCCAGACUGAGAUUGUCCGCCGCGAGCGUCUGGAGCGCCGCCGUCAGAAGCAGAGGAGUUUGCUUCUCGAGACUGAGCAGGCCGCGCAGCUCGCCGAGACUGAGGCCGAGCUCGCGCGCGCUGGCUCGCACCACCGCCACCACCACCACCACCGCAAGGAGACAGACGAGACCAAGGUUCUGGUUGGCAACCUCGUCGGCGAGGGCCACCGCAACUACGUCCUCAUGUACAACAUGCUCACGGGCAUCCGCGUGGCCGUCUCCCGUUGCCAGGCCAAGAUCAGGCGUCCACUGGUCGAAGACGACUACCUCGCGUCGCACAAGUACUCGUUCGACAUGCUCGGUAAUGAGUUGACGCCAUCUGCCAAGUACGACUUCAAGUUCAAGGACUACGCACCCUGGGUGUUCCGGGAGCUGCGUGACGACCACUUUCAUCUCGACCCUGCCGAUUACCUCUUGUCCCUGACAGCCAAGUACAUCUUGUCUGAGCUUGGCUCCCCUGGCAAGUCUGGUUCCUUCUUCUACUACUCUCGCGACUACCGGUUCAUCAUCAAGACCAUCCCCCACCAUGAGCACGCCUUCCUCCGGUCUAUUCUUAAGGAUUACCACGAGCACGUGCGCACCAACCCCCACACGUUGCUGUCUCGCUUCUAUGGUCUCCACCGUGUCAAGAUGCCUCGUGGCCGCAAGAUCCACUUCGUCAUCAUGAACAACCUCUUCCCGCCACACAAGGACAUUCACGAGACAUACGACCUCAAGGGUUCCGCAUGGGGCCGUGAGACGUCGGCCGAGAAGCUCGCGGCCAACCCCAAGACUGUUCUCAAGGACAAGAACUGGGUCAACCGUGGACGUACUCUCGAGCUCGGCCCGGAGAAGCGCGCGCUCUUCACCGAGCAGCUUCGUCGGGACAUGGAGUUCCUCCGAAGGAUCAACGUCAUGGACUACUCGCUUCUCGUUGGUAUCCACAACGUCGAGCGUGGUAACCGCGACAACCUUCGUGAGAACACCUUGGCCUUCUUCCAGCCCGAGGCUCCUGUCAAGCGCAAGCCUUCGAGCGUCAAGCACCACGCCGAGGCCAAUACCAUGCGUCGCGCAGUCGCCCGUGCCGACCCGAAACGUCUCCUCGAUGCGUCGCAGCUCCCGUCGGACGGCUCGGAAGACCGUCGCCACUUCCUCUUCUACCAGGAUGAUGGCGGUUUGCGCGCCACCGACGAGCAGAACAGGCCGAUGGACAUUAUCUACUACCUCGGUGUCAUCGACAUUUGCACGCCGUACAACACGAAGAAGUGCAUCGAGCACGCGUGGAAGAGCAUGACCGAGAACCCCGUCACCAUCUCGUGUGUCGAGCCCAACACGUAUGGCCAGCGUUUCCUCAACUUCCUGAUGUCGGUCGAGCGUAACGGAGACAUGUCGCUCCGCCCGCAGGGUCUCGAGCCUCCGCAGGGCGAGAAGAACCAGGUCACCGCAGUUGGCUGCGACCACGACCCACCUGGAGUCGAGAAGCUCAUCCCUCGGGUGUACACUUCCGAGCACAUGACGGACCAGGAGAAGGCUGCCGCGGCGGUCGCCGAGGCCAUUGCGCCUGUCCACCGCGCGAUCGUGGGCCACCUCAAGGCCGAGUAAGCGUGCCGCAAAAUGCGUCUUGCCUGCGAGCAAGACAUUGUACGAAACUAUUAGAGACGAGCCCGGCGAGGCAAAGAAGCAGAGGCUGAGAGAAGAGAUUGCAGUUGUUAGUUGUUUGGGGCCUUUGUUACAUUCAUCCACCGCCGUUUGUAUACACCUUGUUCGUACCUUUGCAAUGCAGC